AAACGCAUGGUCGAAAAAGAGUAGCAUAAAGUAGCUUCAUUGUUUGUAAGUACUCAGUACACACACGAAGCCAAAGCCAAUCCAAUAAACAACACUGUUCAUUAUUAUCAUCAUCUGCACAAAACCCGCAACAACUCUCAGUCAGAGACCCGUGAAUCUUCUUGAAUUCCAAUUCGUUACCACGAAAAAUGAACGUUCCCACGAGAAAACGCCGCAAGAAGAACGAAGAAGGAUCAAGAUCAAUCCAGAAGAAUAAUACUCAGAAGAAAGAACUUAAUAGCAUACUCACUUCGCUCUUGUUCGUUGAUGCAAAAGAGAAAAAGAAGGAAGACAUGCUCGAUGGUUACUACAGCGAGGUGGAAGAAUCCAAUAACCCCAAAAAGAGAAAGAAACUCGCCGGCGCCGGCGGUAAUUCAGUGAGCCACCGGCGAGUUUGGGUGAAGGAGCGUUCCGGAGCGUGGUGGGAGGAGUGUAACAAACCCGAAUUUCCGGAACAAGAGUUCAAAAAGGCGUUCAGAAUGGGAAGGCUCACUUUUGAAGCGAUAUGCCAGGAGCUGAAUUCGGUGAUAGCGAAGGAAGACACGACGCUGAGAACCGCCAUUCCGGUGAAACAAAGGGUGGCGGUUUGUCUGUGGCGGUUGGCCACCGGCGACCCUCUGAGCGUGGUUUCCAGAAGAUUCGGUUUGGGUAUAUCCACUUGCCACAAACUGGUUCUCGAGGUCUGCACUGCCAUAAAGACAGUGCUUAUGCCAAAGUACUUGCAAUGGCCAAAUGUCGUUACCUUAAGGGACAUCAAGGGUGAGUUCGAGAACAUUUCUGGUAUUCCCAACGUUGUGGGGUCCAUGUUCACUUCGCAUGUUCCCAUCAUAGCUCCUAAGAUGAGUGUUUCUGCUUACUUCAACAAGAAACACACUGAGAGGAACCACAAGACUUCGUAUUCGGUUACUGUUCAAGGUGUUGUUGACCAUAGAGGGGUUUUCACUGAUGUGUGCAUUGGGUGGCCAGGUUCAAUGGGUGAUGAUCAGGUUUUGGAAAAAUCAUCGCUUUUUCAUAGGGCUAACAAUGGAGGGAUUAAUCUAAGUGGGGUUUGGGUUGUUGGGGGUUGUGGGUACCCUUUGUUGGAUUGGGUUUUGGUGCCUUAUACACAGCAGAAUCUCACUUGGACUCAGCAUUCUUUCAAUGAGAAGAUUGGAGAGGUUCGGAGGGUUGCUAAGGGUGCGUUUGGGAGGUUGAAAGGAAGGUGGGGGUGCUUGCAAAAGAGGACUGAAGUGAAGCUCCAAGAUUUGCCUCUUGUGCUUGGUGCUUGUUGUGUUUUGCAUAAUAUAUGUGAGUUGAAGAAUGAGGAAAUGGAUCAUGAGUUGUUGAAGAAUAUUGAUGAUGGUGAUGAUGAUUAUGUUGGUGAGGUGAUGGAGCCAGAGGUUGCCAUGAGAUCUGUUAGCUCCUUGAAGGCUAGGGAUGCAAUUGCGCAUAACCUUUUGCACCAUGGACUAGCUGGAACUUCUUUUGUUUGAUUGGAAUUGAAAACUGAAGAUUAAGAUAAUGUAUAAUUAAUUCUUUUGCUUGUUUUUAGUUCUAGACAUAUGAUGAUGGUAUUUAAUCAAGGUAUUCAUCAUUGUUUCUUGAAGGGACUUUGUAACUAAAAGGUAUAUUUGCCCCCUCCGACAAUUAUGUGGUUAAAUGUAAUCGUCGGUGUCAGGUGAUGAUAUUCUAGUUUCUUUAACUAUUUAGGUGAUGAUAUUUAGACAUUCAUAAAUUACAAAUAGUCUAUUACUAUUUUUAA